ACCCCCAUGCAUAUCAAAAUUUAACCUCAUCAAUAUUUGUAAGCUAGACCUCAAAAUCUCACUGAUUAACGACUCCUUUAUCGGAGACAUUUCCAGGAACUACUACGACGUAGACCACCCAUUGGAGUGUUUGGAAGAAUGGCUUCCUGUGGCCAGCAGUUUCCACCACAGAGGCAGGAGACACAGCCUGGGAAAGAGCAUGUCAUGGAACCCACCCCUCAGUUUUCAAGCCCAGACUACAAGCCUUCCAAUAAACUUCAUGGGAAGGUGGCGCUAGUGACUGGCGGGGACUCGGGGAUUGGGCGGGCGGUAUGCCACUACUUUGCACUGGAGGGUGCUACCGUGGCCUUUACAUUUGUGAAGAAUCAGGAGGACAAGGAUGCUCAGGAAACACUCCACAUAAUCAAAAAGUCGAAGACCGCUGAUGCAAAAGAGCCAAUCGCUAUAGCAGCCGAUUUGGGAUUUGAUGAAAAUUGCAGAAUGGUAGUUGAAGAAGUGGUGAGUUCCUAUGGCCGUAUUGAUAUACUGGUUAACAACGCGGCUAAGCAGUACAAGGCUUCCUCGGUGGAGGAGAUCAAUGAGGAAAGGCUUCUGAGUGUGUUCAGAACCAAUAUCUUCUCUUACUUCUUCACAGUAAGACACGCUUUGAAGCACAUGAAAGGAGGGAGCUCCAUCAUCAAUACUACAUCCGUGAAUGCAUACAAGGGACACAGCACACUGAUCGACUACACCUCAACCAAAGGUGCAAUCGUGGCUUACACGAGAGCUCUAGCACUUAAUCUCGCAUCAAGAGGCAUACGUGUCAAUGGCGUCGCCCCCGGACCGAUCUGGACACCAUUAAUACCGGCAUCAUUCAACGAGGAAGAGGUUACUAAGUUCGGGUCUGAAGUCCCUAUGGGAAGGGCUGGUCAGCCUGCUGAGGUUGCACCUUGCUUUGUCUUCCUUGCUUGCAACCAUUGCUCCUCUUACAUGACUGGCCAGGUUUUACACCCUAAUGGUGGGACUGUAGUGAAUGCUUGAGGAUCUGCCGGAGAAUGUGUUUAGUGCUCUCUUUCGGUGUUUUUCCGAGUAAAGUAGCGGUCUUAUGUAUAUGGAAGAAGGGGUGGUGACUAUGUUAUGAAUACUGUUUUAUGCAUAUAACUCAGAUUCUGCAGUGCCAGAAGAGUGGUAUGAUGUCAAACGUGGUUGUAUGGUGUUUCAGCUAAGCUGCGUUAGUAGUUGGUGGAAGUUUGUAACAAAGGGAAGUAUAGAGAACAUAGAUUGUAUGUAUUGAGCUGCUCGCAUGCGCAAGACUAAGCUUGUAAUGAACUUUUUCUUGUUAUGAAAGAUAAUAAAUGCAAGGGUUCCUAAUUCAUACAGUA